CGUUUCUCUCUGUGCGGCGGCCGACGGGACCCUAAGGGCUUAACUAAUAUAUCUGACCCCCCUCCAAAAAGGUUUGAAAGUAUUCUUGAAGGGCUGUUUGGACCUGCAUUAUUAAAAGAUCUCAGUUUAUUUAAAGAUUGUGAACCUGAAAACAUCUCUAGUUGGACUUUCGAUGAAAAUUGUCUGUUCUGUUGUUUGAGAAGAGAGAAAAUAAAGGGACACUUAGUUGAUCUGGAUGAACCAGCUUCAGGAGCUGGGCAAGAAGCUCUGCUUAAACAAGAGCACACAAAAAUCAUUCUAUUCGAGAGACAAGCAGAAGAGUUCCUCAAUGCGGUCUUUUGUAGAAAAGACAGUCCCUGGGUCUCCGACCCCAAUAUUCCCCUAGUGGCCCGUGAGAUCAUGCAGCGAAUGAUCCAACAAUUUGCUGCUGAAUAUACCUCAAAAAAUAGCUCUACUCAGGACCCCAGCCAGCCCAAUAGCACAAAGAACCAAAGCCUGCCGAAAGCAUCUCCAGUCACCACCUCUCCCACGGCUGCAACUACUCAGAACCCUGUGCUCAGCAAACUUCUCAUGGCUGACCAAGACUCACCUCUGGACCUUACUGUCAGAAAGUCUCAGUCAGAACCUAGUGAACAAGACGGUGUACUUGAUCUAUCCACUAAGAAAAGUCCAUGUGCUGGCAGCACUUCCCUGAGCCAUUCUCCAGGUUGCUCUAGUACUCAAGGGAACGGGCGACCUGGGAGACCCAGCCAGUACCGCCCAGACGGACUUCGGAGUGGUGAUGGGGUACCUCCAAGAAGCUUACAGGAUGGAACCAGGGAAGGUUUUGGACACUCCACAUCACUCAAAGUUCCACUGGCUCGAUCUCUACAGAUUAGUGAAGAACUACUGAGCAGAAACCAAUUGUCCACAGCUGCCAGCCUUGGGCCAUCUGGAUUACAGAAUCAUGGACAACACUUAAUAUUAUCCAGGGAAGCCUCUUGGGCAAAACCACAUUAUGAAUUCAACCUCAACCGAAUGAAGUUCAGGGGAAAUGGUGCACUCAGCAACAUCAGUGACCUUCCUUUUCUUGCAGAAAACUCUGCCUUCCCAAAAAUGGCACUUCAAGCAAAACAAGAUGGAAAAAAGGAUGUGAGCCAUUCAUCUCCUGUAGAUUUAAAGAUACCACAAGUUCGAGGAAUGGAUCUUUCUUGGGAUUCUCGCACUGGUGAUCAGUAUAGCUAUAGCUCUUUGGUAAUGGGUUCACAAACGGAGAGCGCGCUUAGUAAAAAGUUAAGGGCUAUUCUUCCAAAACAAAAUAGAAAAAGCAUGUUAGAUGCUGGACCUGACUCUUGGGGCUCAGAUGCUGAGCAGUCUACCUCUGGACAGCCAUAUCCCACAUCGGAUCAAGAAGGAGACCCUGGUUCCAAGCAGCCUCGGAAGAAAAGAGGGCGUUACAGACAGUACAACAGUGAGAUACUGGAGGAAGCAAUCUCAGUGGUUAUGAGUGGAAAAAUGAGUGUUUCCAAAGCUCAGAGUAUUUAUGGGAUUCCCCACAGUACACUGGAGUACAAAGUAAAAGAGAGGCUGGGCACUUUGAAAAACCCUCCAAAGAAAAAGAUGAAAUUAAUGAGGUCGGAGGGGCCAGAUGUUUCUGUAAAGAUUGAAUUAGAUCCCCAGGGAGAGGCAGCACAAAGUGCAAAUGAAUCAAAAAAUGAGUAGGAAUAUUGUAGAGUGCCAAUUACUGUACAAACUGGGUGAGCACUACUGCAUCAUUGUUUAGCUGUCAUUGCUUGCAUCUAACUUCAUUACUGUGACACUCAUUUCUUUGCAGAUUUUGCAUUGACUUGUGUGUACAGAGGUGAAAGGUGCAUUCUGAAUGUUGCAUAUUUUUAAAUUUCCAUGUGCAGUAUGGCUCGGAAUAUUGUUUGGCCUUUUGCAUGUUUCUCUACAAAAGAGAGCUGAUUUACCUCACAGAACAGAUACAUGGAAGUGGACUCCUUGCCUGUAGAGCCUGCAUGCUUUUCUUUCUUUAUUCCUUUAUGUUUGCCUUUACUUUAAAAAAAGAGGAGAAAAAAGGCCUCUUUUAAAUAUCACCUGUGCUUUUUACUGGGAGCUUUAUCAUUGCAAAUUGGAAAGCAAUCUUAUAAAAUUAUUCACAUUUUUUCUACAGUUCAACUAAUUGAAGGAUUAAACUAAAGAAAAUACAAAGAAGAACAGUGAACCUUUGAAUUUGAGAAAUUUGGUUAUUCAAUGAUAAACACUUAUUUGGGUUAUUUAUAAUUAUACUUCAUCAUUUUCUUCUCACUAUUAAAUUUGCUUAAUGAAUUAGCAAUCUUAGUGCUCACCCAGAGGGGAAGGAGGUGGAAAAUGUGCACACACUACCUUCAGAAAUGCUUCAGUUAAUUACUUUGAACACUACCUUUGCUGUGGUUUCAUUUGAGAUUUUCUAAGGGUAGAAUUUGGUCUCACCAACAAGUGAGGACAUAGCCUUAUCUCAUGGAGACGAGCUCCCUUCUUACUCAGGAGCAGUCAGGGUACAUUACAUAAAAUAAUGGAGGAUGCCUCGUUUUAGCAACUGUUUCUUUGUAUUUUUCAGUCCUUUUACUGAAUUGAUUAUGUGCUAACAACUGAAUAAUGUUGCAGCAAUUAGUUGAAGAUAUUCAAGAUCUGUUUAAUGGGGAUGAGAGAAAUAGGGAAAUACAUAUAUAAGUAAUUACGGUAUAGCAAAAAUGAUACCUAGAUUUUAUAACUUCAGUAGUCUGUCCAAUAUCUCUACUCAUGAAGCAUCUAAGUUUUGGAUAAGAGAAAAACUGAAUCCCAAGAAAAAAACCAGAAUCCUAAUAUGACUCAGGUUGCAUAUCAUUUCUCAUGUAAUUCAGUCAGGAGUUUAUUGGAGUUUCUUUUUUAAGUGAUCCAAAUACUAGUACAUAGUAUUUUUUUCAAGAUUUUACUUAAUUUUGUUUAUCUGAAAUUUUCUAUGGUGUCCUACAUAAUAUCCCCUUCUUUUUCUUAUAUUUAGCUGAAUUCCAUGGUUGUUUAGCACACGUAUCAAGACCUUUCAGAUCAUAAGCACUCCUUGAAGGAAUAUCUAAGCUUUUUUUGAAAUGGGCUUUUAAGAUUAUAGUAAUUAAGUUUGGAAAGUUUACUUUCUACAGUUUUUGCAAGAAAAUCUGAUAAGUGAAGCCCAUCAAUUUAAUACCUUUCUAUGAUCAUAUUAAAAUUACUAUUUGUGCAAAACAAAAUCCAUACCAUAUAUACUUUGUAUUUUUAUCUGCUGAGAAUAGUGAUCAGGCCCUUCUAAUGCUUAACCAAAACCAAAAAACAUUGCUGUUUCUGUGUAGCAUAAAAUCAAGCAUGCCAUGUUGAUUAGAUUAAAGUUGGUGAUUUCAAAUGGAUACUAACAAUUUGAGAAGUAGUAAGUCCAGGUAUUCUCAAGGCAUAAAUUCUGGCCUGGAAACUUUGGACCUAUUAAUUAGGUUAAGGAUAGUUUUCCAUGUGUGUUCAAAGGUUAGGCACACCAUUGCUGUUAUUAAAAUACAUACACUGCUCAUUCUUGACACAGUCUGGGCGUGGUUCUCUUUUUGAUUUGGUUAUUUUGUAUAGCAGGUUAAUCAAUGGGUGACUGAACCUAUUUCCCCUUAGCUUUCUAGUCCCAACAGAAAAAGCAGUUUUGAUUGAGUAAUAUAGUAACUGCAAUAUUUUCCAGCCUAGCUGGAAGUUGCAGUAAAAAUGCAUAAUGAAAUGUAUGUUUUUCAUCUGCAGUUGAAGGAAAUUGAAAGUUUGCUGAAAGCAAAGGGCUAAGUGUAUGAAGGAACACCUCCUUCGUUCCAUACUCAAUUUGUCAGGACACAUUUCCAGCCAUGGCAACUUUUUGCAUAAUGUUUGGAGUAUUCACUAACUCAGAAUUGCUGCAAAAAGGUUCUUGGAGAAAUUUAUUUGUGCUUGCUUUUAUCACCUCUCAGAAAGAAAUAUUAAAGGCCCAUUAAAAAAUCUGGCCCUAAAAGAUGAACUUUGUAGAAUUUUACCGUUGAGAGAGGUUUAAUCCUAUGUGGUAGUCUUUAGUGAUGUAUGAAUUGAGUUAUGUAAAUUUUGUCAUUGUAGUGGACACGGAGUGAUCAUUUUACUAACAUAAAUAUUUUCUAUGUGUGUUUCAGUGGAUGACAAUCGAGCAGCAGAAGAAUGGUGUGCCUACCCUUUAAUGCUGCAGUUUAAAUAAGAGAACUUGUAUUGUGUCAUUUCAGAUUGUAGGCUGAGAGUUGUAAAUAGUGAAAAUUUGAGUAUUUCUAUUAUUUGUUUUGGUUAGAAAGUGAAUUUAAAAACAAACCAAACUCUAAACUUUCUCAGAUUAAAAGUCCUGAGACCUGAAGAUUGUAAUAUUCAUGUCUGUGAAGCUUUUAAACAUUACACUUGAGUUCAGUCAUGACUUGAUAAUUCAGGUAAAUUUUCCUUUCCAAGAAGCUUUUGAAUAAGCAUAUUUUUCUCCAAAGGUCUCUUUCUCUUUUUCUCUUCUUUUUUAUUUUGUUGUUGUUGAGUGUAGAUUAUUUUAAAGCACUAAUUGCAUUACAUUUGUAAUUGCAAUAUAAAAUAGCCAUUAUUGUUUUGUGAAGCAUGGUUGAAAUUAGAUAGUGGUCCCUUUUAAAUUUCAUGAGCCUCUCAAGAAAAAAAAAACCUUAA